AUGUCGCUGUGUCUCGUGGCCAGCGCGCUGGCGUGCUGCGCGUCGGCGUACCGGUUCUACCCGCUCAACCCGAUGAUGGCCCGUCGGGUCGGGGGCAUGAGGGGCAUCCCCAUGCGCCGCCCAGUGCCAAUAAGGGGCUUCGUGCGCGCCCCGAACCCCAACGCCGACGGUGCGAUGGAUGGGGAUGGUGGUGAUAGUGGCCAAGCAGACCCGGACACGGACACACCGGAACCGGAUGCGAUCGCACGGGCCGCUGGUGGUGGCGCAAUGCGCGAGAUGAUCCACAGCAGUGGCCAUCCGGUGGAGAUCGACAUGGGAACCGACAUGCAGGCGCGCAUGAUGGGCUUCAUGGAGGAUGCCGAGGCCGACGGUAACUUUGGUCGGGCGGCCGGUGACGAAGGCGACGAGCAGGAGGAGGGUGGUGCCCAGUUCCGGCACAAGAAGCACAAGAAGCACAAGCAUGUGGUCCACACGCACCACCACUACCAUCACCAGAAGCACGGCGGCGGCUACGGGCAUGGCCACCAGUACGGACAUGGCCACGGGCACCGGUACGACGACGGGGACGAAGAUUACGAGCCCACGUACGGCCACCACGGGCGCUACCGACGGGCGGCACCGGCACCGGAUCAGGUCCGUAGACGAGACGUGACGCUCCGCGCCGGUUUUCAGGCUUUAGAUACGGACACGGCGGCAGCAGCACCACCACCACCCCUAGCCUCCGGGGAAGCCGACGGGCCGGAGCUACGGCGGCAGUCGGUUAGCCGGCGGCAGCUGGUCGGCAUCAAGAACGAGCGACUGGCAGCGAGCGGCCGCGAGCGGUCCCUCCGAGCGUACAGGUUACGAUCGCUGGCGAAGCGUAUGAUCGAUGGGCUCGCGGACGCGGGCUCCUCCAUGCGAGGGCCAAGUGGUGGUGCUGCGGCGGGUUGGACGAUGGGUGGCAGCAGCGGCAGCAGUAGUGCCGAUGAGGGCGCGACGGCCAACUUUCUUCACUGGCGCCCUCCACGCCAGCAACGUCGACGGGGCAAUGUGUUCUUCAAACGCCGACAGCAGGCGCCCAUUUGCUCCAACUUCUACGUGGACGAGCGUACCCUGACGAGCACGGAGCGGUCAGUCGGGACAGCGGAGGAUGAAUGGGUCGCUGACACGCAGGAAGACGUCGCUGGCGACACGGAGAGCUUCGAGGACCCGCUGGAGGCGCUCAUGGCGCAACGGGUGGCCACCGACGCCGUGACCACGACCAGAAGUCCCCUGUGGAGGGGCAUCAAGAAGCGGCUGAACUCGAUCCGCGAACGGCACGCCAAGAGUUUGAAGCGGACCACCACCACGACGAGCAGCCCGCGCCCGGCCGUGUCCGCCGAGUACGACGACGAUGAUCGGGCUCGCCAGGAGGACUACGGCUCGAACGAGAUCGUGGAGUUCUACAACCGGGACGACGUGGGCCGCGUGCUCUACCGGAUGGCCAACGGGCGGUUGAUCGAGGAACCGCAACGGUUCCACCUGCGCCGCAGUCCAGCCGACGAGGUUUCUCCGUGGCGCCAGCGACGUAUCGACCGGCUGCUGGCCGGACGCCCGGGAAGGAAGCGUGUUGGUGGUGGUGGUGGACAGAAGGCAACGAGCGCGCCGGACGAGGAAACGGUCCCCCCGAGCGAUCCGGCCAGCGUGGAUAAACAGGUCCCAGUUAUCAACAUCGGAACGUUCCGGCUCAGUGACAACAAGGUGGUGCCGAAGGGGCCGAGCGAGACCCACGAAGGCAUCGUCCAGCACAGUGGCCCGAGCGGGCGCGAGGAGAUGGACAACUACAUCCGGGAGCGGGUCCGCGAGUACUGCAAGGCGUCGCCGUGCGGUGCUGCUGCCGCCGCUCCCGGAACGCAUCCGGAGAAGAAGAGCGAGGUCGUCGGUAGCGCCCUCAUCGUCCAACCGCCCGGCACCUACGAGGAGAGCCACGCGGCCGCGGCCCCGGCCACCACGGUAGCCGCGCCUCCGAAGGUAGCAGCGCCACCCGCCGCCAGCUGUCCACCGAGCAAGAUCGUCAAGUGUAUACCGAAGGCGUACGCCAAGCAAGGACGGCACGCCAGGACCCACGACGACGAGGACGAUCACGACGCCGAUCCGCUCGUGUCGUUCGCCUUCAGACGAAGGCGCCGGCCCCUCUUCGGUUCGUUCCUGCACCGGAUGUUCCACCCGUUCGGAUUCCUGCGCUAG